CUGCAGGGCUCUCCACCGAUCCUCAGGGGAUCGCGGAACCCCGCUGCAACACAAAACCAAAAACACCACCGCAAGAAUGCCUGCUGUUUCCUUGGUGGCUGAACUUGUUUUGAGUCUUUGUGUCACGGUCACUUUUGGAAAUACAGAAGUUAAGCUUGCAGGUCAAACAGAUUUUGUGGUGAAUGAAACAAGCACUUCAGUUAUACGCCUGGUUAUUGAAAGGACAGGGCCACCAGCCAAUGUCACUGCACUCUUACUGCUUCAAGGGGAGGACACUGGUGAUUUUGAGGCCACAUCUGCUGCAGCCCGAUUACUGACUACAGAAACAAACAAAACAGUAUAUGUUGCAGUCAAGGAUGACGGUUUUCCAGAAGCGGAUGAAACUUUUGUAUUUUAUCUAAGGCUGCAGGGUACUUCUACAGAUGUGAUGCUUGGAAUUCCCAAUAUUGCCACAGUAACUAUUCUGUCAAAUGACAAUGCUUUUGGAAUUAUAUCUUUCAAUAUGUCUUCCAUAAUCGUAGUGAAUGAGGCAAGGGGUAGAAAUCAAAUUGUGCCGCUUAGUCUACUCAGAAAGAAAGGAACCUAUGGGACUGUAACUGUGUACUUUGAGAUUAUGACUGGCUCAAAUUCUGCAGAUGAAGACAUCAAUCCAGCUAGAGGCAAUAUUAUUCUUCCUCCUGGGAAAGCAGCACUAGUUUAUAACCUUUUCAUUGUUGAUGACCAGAUUCCUGAAAAUGAUGAGAUUUUCACUGUGCAACUGUUAAGUGUUGAAGGUGGAGCUGAAAUCAAUGAUACACAAAGCAGCGUUCAACUUAAAAUCAACAAAAAUGACAGUCCAGUGCAAUUAGCACAAGCCAUGUACACUGUAUCAGAAACAGCCGAUAUGAUCACCAUUCCAGUCAUUCGUGGGAAGGAUCAAGAAGGAAAAAUAAUUGGUUCUGAUGAUGCUCUGGUUUCUAUUAAUUAUGAGACAGUAACUGGCAACAGUUCAGCCAGUGCAUUGCUACAAUCUGAUUUUAUUGAUCUCCAACCAAACAGAACUAUUAUUUUUCCACCUUAUGUUUAUGAAGUUCUUCUGAAAUUUCAGAUUAUCAAUGAUACUACUCCUGAAAUUGCAGAGUCAUUUCAGGUUGUAUUACUUGAAGAUACUAUAAAGGGUGAUGCUGUACUGCUUACUCCCAAUACAGUUCAGAUUAUUAUUGAGCCAAAUGAUACACCUCAUGGAGUUCUGUCCAUUAGCAGUAAUCGUCCAGGGCAAAAAGUUGUUUUCAAUGAAGACAUGACUACAAGAUUUGAUGGAAUUACCAUUGUAAGAAAUGGUGGGACUCAUGGUAAUGUUUCGGUGGACUGGCUGAUUUCGAGGAACAGUAGUGAUUUUUCUGUCAUCACCGCAGACCUCAUGCCAAUUUCAGGAACACUAAGCCUUCUGGAAGGACAGAUGCUAGCCACAGUGACCCUCACCAUCGUUAAUGAUAAUUUGCCUGAGGAAGCAGAGGCUUACCUUUUCCAACUGUUGAACCAUACUGUAAAGGGAGGAGCAGAAUUAGAUGAACCCACGCAAAUUAUUUUCUAUAUUCAGGACAGUGAUGAUGUCUAUGGCUUAAUUAAAUUCCAUUCUAUGGAUGAACAGAAGAUAGAGAGUAGUCCUACUGGGCGGUUUCUGUCAUUGAGUUUUGCCAGACACAAUGGAACGAGAGGGAUUGUGAAGUUAAACUACACAGUAUUGUACAUCCCGGCUGGUGUUAUGGAUCUUUCUAAAGCAAAGGAUGAUAUCCUUAACGUUUCUAGCAAAAACAGCAUUAUCUUCAUGCCAGGACAAUCACAGAUACGCAUCAAACUUCCAAUAAGAAAUGACGCAUUCCUUCAAAAUGGAGCACGUUUCUUUGUGCAGCUUGAAACGGUGGAGUUAGUAAACAAAGUUCCUCUUGUUACAUCAGUGAGUCCCAGGCUGGGUGAACCUCUAAACAUCUCACGAACAAUUACACCUGACCUAGCAAAUGGAGAAGUUGGAUUUACCAGCAAUGAAACUCUUCUUGUUUAUGAACCAGAGAAUUCUUCUGAUAGUCAGAUAUACAUUGCUUUGCAACGUGACGGAACUGAUGGCUCUGCAGAGGUUUACUGGCAUUUGAAACCUACAGGGGUUAAUCAUCACAGUAUCACCAAUGAUGACCUGGGCCCAAUCAAUGGGUCUGUUAUAUUCUUGUCAGGCCAGAGCAAUGCCACAAUCAACAUUACAAUAAAAGCAGAUGACUUGCCUGAAAUAAAUGAGACUUUAAUUAUCUCAUUAGACCGAACUAACUCUGAAAACCAGAUCAUGAAAUCAGGAUUUAUCAGUCGAAAGAUAAUUAUUUUACAAAAUGAUGACCCAGGUGGAGUAUUUGAAUUCUCCCCACAAACGAGAGGACCAUAUUUUGUCAAUGAAGGUAUUGCCUUUGAACUAAAGAUUGUCCGAUAUCGUGGGACUCUUCUGAAGCAAUUCUUGCGCUAUGUUGUGGAACCAAAAACAUCUUUUGAGUUUUAUGGGAAUACAGGAGUAUUGGAAUUUGAUCCUGGGGAAAGGGAAAUAGCAAUAACAUUGCUAGCAAGAGAAGAUAAUGUACCUGAGCUGGAUGAACAAUAUUCUGCCAUAAUCAGCAGCCACAGUUUUCCACCAAGCAAAAUAGGAACUGCUACACAGAUCAAUAUCACAGUGUUGAAGAAUGAUGAUCCUCAUGGCGUGAUACAGUUCAUCACUCAGGAAUUUACUAAAACUAUAAAUGAAAGCAAGGGAGAUACCAUAUACAGAGCUAGUUUUCCUGUAAUCCGUGACAGAGGAGUGUUUGGUAAUGUUAGUGUGUUCUGGAUUGUGGACCCUGCUUUCACGAAUGAUGUUUACCCAGUCCAAGGUGUGGUCAACUUUAACAGUGCUGAAUCGUCAAAAAACAUCACUCUUCAGUCCCUUCCUGAUGCAAUUCCUGAAGAAGUGGAAACCUUCACCAUCAUCCUCUGUAAUACCAGUGGAGGUGCCAGACUUGGAAGUAUACUUAAUGCAACUCUCCUUAUUAAUAAAAAUGAUGAUCCCAUUUAUUUUGAAGAUCCAAUUAUCCUUCGAGUCCAAGAAGGAAGUGUUGCCAAUUUCACAGUUGUUAGAAAUGGAUCUACUGACAUGGUCGUUGCUGUUGUUUAUGAUGUUGAGAGUGGGGGAGCAUCCAGCACCAAAGGAGACUUCCUUUCUCCGGGUGAAAAUAAUACACUGGUAUUUGAAGUUGGAGAAAGGGCUAAGACUGUUUUUGUUGCUACUAAUAAAGAUGAUAUCCCUGAAACAGAUGAAACAUUCUACAUUGUGCUGCUUCAUUCUACAGGAGAUACUGUUGUCUAUGGGACCUCAAGGGCUACAGUUAUUAUUGAAGCAAAUGAUGAUCCUCAUGGAAUUUUUUCACUUGAACCUUUUGAAAAGAAAGUAUUUGAAGGAAUGGCCAACAAUUUUACGAUUAUAAGACAGCGAGGAAAAUUUGGCAAUGUCUCUGUUUCAUGGCAGCUGUUCAGUAAUGAUUCUCUUUUGGAACCUGGGGAAGAGUUUUUAGAAACGACUGGGAUGGUCCUGUUCACAAGUGGGGAACAUGCCCGUCCCAUAACACUUUAUGCACUUGCUGAUGGGACGCCAGAAUUCAGUGAAAUGUAUGUUCUGAGGUUGCUCAAUGUUUCAGGAGAAUUCCCUGGUUCUGGUGCUAAGUUAUCAAAUGGCAGUCUGAGCACAAAUGUUGUGAUUCCAUUUAAUGAUGAUCCUUUUGGAGUUUUUGUUCUGGACCUAGAAAGCCAAGACAGGGAAGUUGCAGAAGACAUCCUUUCAGUUGAUGAUAUGUCACAUAUUACAAACUUUACUAUUCUGCGACAAAAAGGAACAUUUGGGGAUGUUCGAAUUGGAUGGGAGAUACUGUCCAAUGCAUUCAGGCAUGGAUUGCCUGAAAUGACAGAUAUUUUACUGGUUGGAACUUUUCCCAACUCUGUUGAAUUACGACCUCAUUCAAGAAGACAUCACACCGGGACAGAUGCUCUCUACUUUAGUGGAGCAGAAGGUGUUUAUGGAACCAUUAACCCAGAAUAUCAUCCAAGGAUAAAUAAUACACAUACAAAUUUUACAUUAUCUGCAUGGGUGAUGCCUAAUCUCUACACUGAUGGAUUUAUCAUCUCUAAAACAAACAUCAAUGGUAGUAUUUACUAUGCCGUGAAAGUGAUGACUAAUGAAUCUUCUGUGUCACUAAUGUUCCACUAUUCUGUUUUGGGGUCAAAUACUACUCAUGUUGCCACAGUAACAGCAUUGAAUCAGAUUGAAGAAAAGACUUGGAUACACAUUAUCAUCAUGGUAUAUGGUGGGAUAAUUGAAUUUUAUUUGGAUGGGACUCAACUUCCACCUGGCGUUAAGAGGCUUAAAGGAGAAAUAAUUGCAGAUGGCCCUGGUGAUUUAACUGUUGGGGCAGAUGCUGAUGGAAUGAACAGGUUUGCAGGACUCAUGCAAGAUGUGAGACUAUAUGGUUGCAAACUGAACCGAGCAGAAAUCCAUGAAAUUCAUGCUACUCCGGCAAAGGCUGAUCUGCAUCCAAUAUCGGGAUACCUCGAUUAUAGACAUGGUGAAAAAAGGAAAUCAUUUAUUGUUGCUGCAAGGGAUGACAGCGAAGAGGAAGGGGAAGAAAUUUUCAUAUUAAAAGUGACCACUGUGCAUGGUGGAGCCAGAAUAUCACAAGAUAAUACCACAGCCACGCUACGUGUACAAAAAAGUGAUAAUGCUAAUGGAUUGUUUGGUUUCACUGGGACCUGCAUUCCACAGACGUCUGAAGAGGGAUCUACAAUCUCAUGUGUUGUGGAAAGAACAAGAGGAUCCUUGGAUUAUGUUUAUGUGAAUUACGCUAUCUCACAGAUUGAAAGUGACGACAGCAACAUUAGUGAUUUUGUCAAUUCCACUGGUACUAUUACCUUUGAACCUUGGCAAAGCUCAGAGGUUUUGAACGUGCAUAUUGUAGAUGAUGACUUGCCUGAGCUUGCUGAACACUUCAUCGUUUCUCUGGUUUCUGCAAUUUCUGGAGAUGGUAAAACGGGCUCCACUCCAACUAGCGGAGCCAGUAUAGACCCAGAGAAGGCCAGCACUGAAAUCACUAUAAAAUCCAGUGACCAUCCAAAUGGUUUGUUACAGUUUUCAACACAGCUACCACCUGAUGGUGUCACAAUUAUCCCUCCUGCACUCUCUGUACCAAGCAUUAGAGUGAAGGAGGAGGUUGGUCUACUCAGAUUGCUAGUUGUCCGUGCACAAGGUCUUCUUGGAAAUAUCCUGGUAGCAUACCAAACUGUUCCUCUGACAGCUUCCAGUCCGUCUGAUUAUCAGGAAACAUCUGGCAUUUUGGAUUUUAAGCCUGGAGAACAGUAUAAAUACAUCACUGUAAAUAUCACUGAUGAUCUUGUUCCUGAACUGCCAAAUAGCUUUAAGGUGGUGCUUCUGAAUUCUGAAAGAGAAGUGGCUGAACUCUUUGGCAUAGGUACCAGCGGUAGUGGUGAUGGUGCAGUGGACUUCUUCCUUCCAGCUUUCCACCUUCGUGCCAGUCUUGGGAUAGCUUCUGAAAUCAUUGUGAUUAUUGAAGCCUCUGAUGAUGCCUAUGGAGUGUUCCAAUUCAGCAAUGACUCUUUGUAUAUGAAUGGUACAGAACCCAAAGAGGGUCUUGAAAUUGUUAUAUUGCAGGUGGAACGAACUGGUGGUACUCUCUCUCAGGCAACCUUAUUUUGGGCUGUUGUUUCUGAUCCUUACAAUGAUUUGGUCAACAGCCAUGGCAAUGUCACAUUCAAAGUUGGACAAUCUCUGGCCAGCAUUGAGCUGCAGGUGGCUUCUGAUGAAGUGCCAGAAUUGGAUGAAGAAUUUAUGAUUUACAUCAGUAACGUUUCACAUGGCCGCCUGGGAACCUUAACAAAUGCUACCUUGACAGUACUAGCUAAUGAUGACCCCUAUGGUGUGUUUGUCUUUGCGGAAAGAAGUCGACCAGUCAGAGUUGAAGAGGAAAACCAGAAUGUGACACUGACAAUUGAGCGGUUAAGUGGAUUUAUGGGUAUUGCCAUAGUCACAUACUCAACUGUGGAUGACACAGCGUCAGCUAAUCUGCCAUAUUUCCUUACUAGAGCAACAAAGGAAAUUGAUUACCUUGCUAUAUCUGGGUCAAUAAUCUUUGAAGCCAAUCAAACAGAAGCUAAUGUAACGAUUCCCAUAAUGGAUGAUACAGAACCUGAGCGGCCAGAAUCUGUGUUUGUCCAGCUGGAUGAAGCCACACUACUCAAAGGGGAGCAGGACAGACCAAUUGUUGGCUCUCCACGACUCGGACAGAAGGAUGACAUCAUGGCCCAUGUGAUAAUCAAUGCCAACGAUGAUGCAUUUGGUACUCUGCAGCUUUCCACUUCUACUGUACGAGUUUCUGAAAAUUAUGUUGGACCAAUAAUUAAUGUGACCAGAACCGGAGGGAUAUUUGCAGAUGUUUCUGUAAAAUUCCAAGCUUUGUCGAUGACAGCGAGAGCUGGUGAAGAUUACAGUAUAGCAUCUUCUGAUGUUCUCCUACUUGAAGGGGAAACAAGCAAAGCCGUGCCAAUUUACCUCCUUAAUGACAGAAUUCCAGAACUUGAAGAGUCAUUUCGUAUUGAACUUAUUAAUGAGACAACAGGAGGCGCUGUGCUUGGAGCUGUCACACAGGCAACCAUUACAAUUGAAGCUUCAGAUGACCCUUAUGGAACGUUUGCUUUCGAAAGGACAGAAUUAAUUGUUGAAGAGCCAGAAUCUGAGACGACAAAGAUAAAUCUGUCAGUUGUUCGAAAUGCUGGAACAGUUGGUACUGUUACAGUCCAGUGGGUUGCCAUGACAAAUGAUCAGCAAGUUACCAAUGAUCUUGAGGUGGCCUUGGGUGAGGUGACAUUUACUCCUGGGCAAACUAUUCAAAACUUACAGUUGGAACUCCGGGCAGAUGAUUUCCCUGAAAUUGAGGAGACUAUCCAAAUAAAACUUACCAGUUCUACUUAUGGAAGCUCCAUAGGGAUGAACAAUGUGGCGAAUAUUAUUGUUCCAGCCAAUGACAAUCCACACGGUACUGUUCAUUUCACACAGACAGUGUACAGAGUACAGGAACCUUUGGAAGGAAAUUCCAAAAUAAAUGUCACUGUGAAAAGAAGUGGAGGCCAUUUUGGGCAACUGCGAAUAUUUUACAUCACCUCCAAAAUUGAUUUUGUGGACUUUUUGGUGAAGGAUGGACAGGACAUUUUCUCUUAUUAUGAACCACCAAUCACUGGAUUUGUGAAUGGCCAGCCUGUUCUUCAGGAGAAUGUUUCUCUGACGAGGGAUGCUUUUCAUACAUGUGCAUCUAUUUGUCUCAAGGGAGAAGCUUGUUCAGCCUUCUCGUUUACAAAUUUCUCUGGGAUAGCCCAGUGCUCUUGGGUAGCUUCGUUGCCAAACAUACUGACCAACAGUACAGAAUUCAUAACAUAUCGCAAGAACAGUUCAAGUGUAUCUGCUUUGCUGAGUGCCCAAGCGACAGCUGGUAGCGACUAUGAGCCAGUCACUGGAUUAUGGGUGAACAUGCAUGAUGGAGCAGAGUUUGCUAAUCUCUCAGUUACAAUACUAACUGACAGCAUACCGGAACGUGAAGAAAAAUUUGCCGUUUUACUUUUGAAUGUGGAACUGUUGAAUGGAAUGGUCAUUCCAGCAAACCAGCCCACAAUUGGCCAACCAAAUAUCUCCACUAUUGUAAUAGCUAUGAAUGGAGAUGCAUUUGGGAUCUUUUUGAUAUACAGUACACAUCCAAAUGCCACAGAUAAAGGGAGUUAUAUUGAAGUAAUGGAGGCAACUCAGAUGACAGUGCAACUGGUCAUAGAUAGGAGUGGCGGGAGUCUUGGUGAAGUAACAGUGGAAUGGAGUGUGGUUGGUGGUACAGCUACAACAAACAUUGAUUUCAUUGGUGAUGGCGAAGUUUUAACAUUUGGAGAAGGUAAGGAAGUUAUGAGACUUAUCACAUUAAACAUUGUGGAUGAUGAAGAACCAGAAGACAAUGAAACCAUUCUCGUCCGUCUAACACAUACUGAAGGUGGCAGUCGUAUUCUGCCCAGCUCUGACACUGUCACUGUGGUCAUAUUAGCCAAUGAUUAUGUUGCAGGAGUAAUUAGUUUUCACGCAUCCUCACGGUCUGUCAUUGGACAUGAAGGAGAAAGUUUGUUGCUGUGGAUUGAACGGAGUUCACCUGGAAAGGGAAAUGUAACUGUUGACUGGAACAUCCAUGGAAAACAUGCCCAGGAAGAUUUUUCAGAAAUGAGUGGGACUCUUUCACUUUCUGAUGGUUUUCUCAAUGCAUCUUUUCUUGUCCACCUAUUGGAUGAUAUGAUUCCUGAAGAAAAGGAGGAAUACAGAAUCAUUUUAUCAAAUAUCAGAACUCAAGGGGUUCCCUCAACAGGUGCAGCUAUUAUUGACGACCAAGGAUACAAAGCUAUUCUUAUUGUGGAGGCCAGUGAUGAGCCACAUGGGAUAGUGAAGUUUGCUCUGUCGUCUCAAACUGUUUCCAUUGAAGAAGGAAAUAAAACUAUUCAGCUGUUUAUCAGUAGGGAGUUUGGAUCCUUAGGCAUGAUUAACGUCACUUUUGAGACAGUUGAAGGAUCCUUACAAUCUCUGAACCUGAUUGAAAAGUCACUGGCUGAGCCUGGACUUGAUUUUCUGCCUGCUUCUGACUUUGUUAUUAUGGAGGAAGGGGAAGCCUCGACUGUAAUAAACAUCACUAUUUUAGAGGAUGACAUUCCUGAGUUGCAGGAGUUCUUCCUUGUGAAUCUAACAUCUGUUGAGCUCCUCUUACAUGAUCUGACCAGCUUCCCUCCUAGAUUAGGUGUUGGGUUUUAAUUUCCAGAUGCUGCAGGUCAAGUUUCCCAAAUAACUAUUGAUGCAAAUGAUGGUAUAAAAGGCAUCAUUCAGUGGCACCGCAUUAACUUUGAGGUGAAUGAGACCACUGAAAACCUAACCUUGUUGAUACAUCGAGGUGGGGGUGCACAUGGGAAUGUAUCUCUGUUUUACUACAUACAGAAUCUAGAAGCUCAAUUGGGACAAGAUUUCAAUGUGACACCAAUGACAAUUUUUUUUGCUGAUGGAGAGAGAUACAAAUCUAUUGAGGUUGCAAUUCUCGAUGACAAUAUUCCAGAAGAUGAUGAAGCCUUCCAGCUGAUUCUCACCAAUCCGUCUUUCGGACUAGAACUAGGAGAAAGAACCAUAGUAACAGUAACCAUUUUUGCCAAUGAUGAUGGACAUGGGAUUCUAUCAUUUAACAACACUAAGCACUUCUUCCUCAAGGAGCCAACUUCUAUUGGAUUAUCAGAGAGUGUUGCAACGCUGCACAUUGUAAGGAACCCACUACUGGGGACAUUCGGAAUGGUGACUGUUCAGUAUAUUGUCACAAGUGUGAAUGGUUCAGACCCGUCACUUGACCUGAAACCUACACACGGUUUUACUUUAUUUGAAGAUGGUGAGAGAAUGAAGAUUCUUCAAAUUUCUGCCAUAUUGGAUGAAGAAGCAGAAAUGGAUGAACAAUUCCUGGUUACUUUGUAUGACCCUGCUGGAGGUGCUAGACUGGGAGAGAGAGUACAAAACCUGAUAACAAUACUUCAGAAUGAGGCACCACUGGGACUUUUUAGCAUCUUCCCAAUAGAAAACAGGACUCGUUCAGUACAUCUGGAAGAAAGCAAUAGUACUUUGUACUUAAUAGUAUCUCGAAGUAAUGGUUUGGAGAAUAGAGUCACUGUGGAAUGGAAGACACAGUCUCAAACAGCACUUGGAUUAAAGGGUGAUAUCGAAUUGCUAUCCACAUUACAGCAUUUUCCUGAAUUGUUUGGCCAAGGCUGGUGUUUUUUGACACUAAACAGCAGCCUGUUUGGAUUAUUUCUUCGAACAUCUGAAAACAGCUCCAGUGCAGAUAUUUUGUCAACUCUUUAUCAAUGGCAGGGUAUAUUUGUUCCGGUGCAGAUUCAGUCUUUAACUGUAUCUGAAACCAGCGAUGUGCAGCACUUUACACGGGACAACCAAGAUUAUUUGAUAAUUAGUAGUCAAGCAGACACUCAGGACAGUAAUUCAAAGUGGAGUGAUGACCAGUUCAAAAAGCUGCAGAAUUUGAUGGUUCAAGGAGCAACGCAUGUUAGCAGCAUGACUGUUGGAGCUGAUGUUUACUUUGUCUUUUGUAACAUCACAAUUGGCGGCAACCACUCCUCUUGUCUGGUGUACAUUUGGGAGACUGGUCAACUUGCUUUAAAACUGGUUCAGAUGAUUCCUGUUCAGACUGUGAGCAGUAUCUUCCUUUUUAUUCCUUCCUCAGACUUUGUUCAUCUCCUGCUGACUGGUGAAAGUCGGUCACUCCUCUACAAAUGGAACUCAGCAACCAGUCAAUUUACAUCAGUGCUGGAACUUCCUGCAGCAAAUUAUAUGGUUCCUGUCACUGUACCUUCAUUUAAUGGAACCAAAACCCUCAUCGCUUCAGCAGGUGAUUCGGAAUCCUGGGUAUAUGAGCUAGUUUCUGUAUCUAACCAAUCCGAUUUUAUUCCAGGGUCUGGUGAACUCAUAUUUGAACCUGGGGAUAAAGAUGCUGUGAUUGCCAUAAGUAUUCUUGAUGAUGAUAUACCAGAAGAUGAUGAGACUUUUGCAGUAAGGCUUACAAAUGCAAAAGGAGGAGCUGAAAUUGGUUCCAAUGAUCAAGUAACUAUCGUCAUCCAGUCGAAUGAUGAUGCACAUGGGAUAAUUGGUUUUGUGCAGAGUUCAUUGUCCAAGCAAGCAGAAGAAUUAGAACAAAAUAAUGAGGUCACUCUGAGCAUUGAACGGCUGCGUGGAACACAGAGAGUUGUGACUGUACAGUGGACAGUCAGUGGACACAUCAAUGACAUCUUUCCAACUUCUGGAGUGUUCACUUUUGCAGACGGUCAAGCUCUCACUACAAUUACACUUACCGUAUUGGCUGACAAAGUCCCAGAAGGAGCUGAGAUUGUAACUAUAACUCUUAUGAAUGUCACCACAAUGGAUGUGCAAGAACAAGCAAAAGGAGCAACUAUUGACUUGAAUAAAAGAAACGCUGUAUUGACUAUCCUUCCUAAUGAUUCCCCAUAUGGCGUGGUUGGCUGGGAUGUAAGCUCACGCCAUGUCUUUGUGCAGGAGCCAGAAUUCGACGCAAUUAAUAUCAUUUUAAGAAUUAUUCGUGAACAAGGAUUUGUGGGAGAUGUUACUGUCCAGUACAGUACCAAACCAAAUCUUUUGGUCCUACCUGUUAAUCAAGCAACUGCAAACCAGGACUACAUUGAACAACAGGGCACAACAAUUAUAAAGGAGAAUGAUACACAAGCUUUGAUUAGAUUUACAAUCCUAUCUGAUAGCAUUCCUGAAUUGCAUGAAAGCUUUCUAGUUAACAUUAGCAGUGUCAAAGUGGCUGAUACUGGACCUGGAAGACAACCCAGUUUGAAACUGGGUUCAGGAAUGGAAUUCGCAGAAAUAACAAUUGAAGAGAAUGAUAACCCCAGAGGAAUCGUCCAGUUCAAUGUGACAAGGGAUGAAACUGGUGCAGUUGUUGCUUAUGAGGUGGCCCCUCCAAGAAAUCUUCUCCAGUUAGUAGUGAUCAGAAGCUCCGGUACAUUUGGAGAGAUAAAUGUAGCUUGGGAAGCACGGCCUGGAAGUGCCAAUUUCUCAGAUUUCACACCAUCUUACGGAAGCCUUACCUUCCCUGAUGGAAGGUCUUCUACUGUCCUAGAGAUCAUUAUAGUGGAUGAUAACUUGACAGAAUUUCUGGAGACGUUCACUGUUAGCCUGACCCAAGUGACAGGAGGUGCCAAAAUGGGAGACGAUAUUAUAGCUACCAUCAACAUUCCAAACAAUGAUUCACCUGUUGGUGUGUUUCAGUUUGGGGAACAAUCUGUUCAUGUUGGGGAGCCACAGACUGCUGAUGAUCCUGCUGGACUGGUGUCCUUCACAGUUUGUCGUGAUGGUGGUCAUGGUCCAGUCCAGAUUGUUUGGCAGGUGGAUGACUCUGCAGUCGAUGACCUCGGUCCCCUUGCUGGAACAUUAUCAUUCAAUCAGACUGAGACCCAAAAAACACUUAAUUUACGCAUUUAUCCAGAUACUCUUCUGGAGGGAGAAGAGCGGUAUGUGAUUCGGCUCGUAUCUGCCACUAAUGAUGCAGAAAUAUCCCCUAUGUUUGGUAAUGCCACCAUCAUCAUUUUGGGUGACAGUGGAUCAUCUGGGAUGAUUGCCAUAGCUGAAUCAACCAAGCAGAUCCUAAUUGGAGAGCCAGUGGGCAGCUACAAUGGGACUGGGUUCAUAACAUUAGUACGUGGUCCAGCAAUUUUUGGUGAAGUUAUAGUUAACUGGAUUAUAAUUCCAGAAAAUCUGAAUGAAUUUGUUGAAACAAGUGGAGCCCUUUUAAUGCGUGACAAGCAGUCGUCGGCCACCAUUUUGAUUCAGGCAGUGGAUGAUGAUAUUCCUGAAGAGAAACAAUAUUAUCAACUGCAGUUAACCGGUGUCAGUGGUGGUGCUAUGAUUAACGACACAUCUAACUCUGCUAACAUCACUAUGGCGGCCAGCGAUUUUCCAUAUGGUCAAUUUGCAUUCUUGAAUGAACAUCUCAAAACCUUUGAGAAUGGAGAACAGACUAAUGUUACAAUUGUACGAUAUCAUGGCAGUUUAGGCAGCAUUCAAUUGUGGUAUCAGGCAGACAAUGGAACUGCGCUACAUGGCUUGGAUUUCACCUUUAAGUCUGAGCGAUUGGUUUUUGAACCAGGAGAAAUUACAAAAUGGAUCUCAUUUAAUAUUCUUGAUGACAAUAUUCCUGAAGGACCUGAACACUUCUUCAUAAACAUUCUUAAAGUAGAGCUUCAGUCAGACAGUUUUCAUGAUUUCACUGUUGGAGAUCAUGGCCUAAAGCCAGAUCAACCUCCUGCAUUGGGUAACAUCACAUCCAUUAGGAUAGUAAUACAAGCAAAUGAUAAUGCAGAAGGUAUUAUAGAGAUCGAGCCACAAUUCAUUCAUAUAGAAGUUGAGGAGGACGUUGGGAUACUUGGAAUUCCUUUGAUAAGAAAGUUGGGGACACAUGGAUUUGUCACAGCAGAGUUUGCUUCUCGAGCUAUCACAGCAACUCCCAAUGGAGUUGAUUAUAGUCUACCUAAUGGUACAGUCACAUUCUACCAUGGACAAAAGCAGGCCUUUAUCAAUGUAACCAUUAUUGAUGACAUAGAAAGUGAGCUUGAAGAGGAAUUUGAGAUUCAAUUGAUUGCAGUAACAGGAGGUGCAGUGCUUGGAACACAACUCACCACAAGAGUAACCAUUCGUAAAAGUGACUCAAUUGGUGGGACCAUUCGAUUCCUCAACCUAACCCAUCUGGUCAUCCCUAAUCCCAAUGUAACAGAAACAUUAACACUGCUGCUGGAAAGGACUGGAGGAUUUUCCGGGGAUGUGCAAAUAAUUUGGAACAUUCUGGGUCCAAACUCAGAAGCAAUCUUGCCAUCAUCCAACCCAGACAUAAGUGACCCCAUCAAUGGAACAUUCUAUUUUAGAGAUGGCGAGACUGGAAAUAGAGUCAUUGAAUUGAGUGUCUUGCCCCAUGAAGAAAUUGAAAUACAAGAGACCUUCAUCAUCCAACUUAUCCUGGACUUUGGUGAAGCAGAAAUUGACCAUAAGGCUGGAAAAGUGUUUUUAACGGUACAAAAAGUUGGAAAUCCCAAUGGAAUAGUUCAGUUCACUGAGGAGUCAUUGGACAUGAAAACUUAUCUGGAGCCAUCUAGUCAUGAAGAACUAUUAAAUAUUACAUUUUUUAUUACAAGAACAAAAGGAAAAAUUGGGAAUGUGAAGGUACAUUGGUUGCUUCAGAGUGAUUCUGAUAUGACAGGAGAUUUUCUUGUGAUCAAUGGCACAGUCACUAUCCUGGAUUCGCAGCUGAAUGCAGAAAUAAAUGUUCAGCUGUUAGCUGAUGACAUUCCGGAGUUAGAUGAAGUUUAUAUAAUGAGGCUAACUUCUGUAGAAGGUGGAGCUGAUUUGAAUGAGGGAAAAGACAAUUCAAGAUUUCUGGUUCCUGCAAAUGAUGACCCUUAUGGCUUGUUUGCUGUCUACUCAGAAGGGCAAACUGUGAUUGUUGAAAGUGACUUGAGUCGCUAUUUUCAGAUUAACAUUACAAGACAUGGUGGAACAUUUCAAGAUGUGAUUGUGAAAUAUAAGCUCAUGUUUCAUGGACAAGAUGGAUUUUUGGGGAGUGUAGUGGUCGAAGAUGGUGCUGGAUUUGCUGUUGCCAGAGUGCCAAUCUCAAAUCAGACAUUCCUUGGACUGGAUUUUAAUCCUUCUGUUGAAUUAAUAAAUGUGAGUGUUUUGAGUGAAAGUCCUUCCAUUCCUCCACGACUGUUCACUGGGAAUAACUCUGCCAUUAUAUUUGUUCCAGAAGAAGCAGCAAAUUCUGAGGUUGGCUUUGAAUUUUUGGUUCUUGAAGUAUCAGAUGUUCCUACUGGUGCCUGUAGUGCUACCGUGUCACGGAAUGGUGUCUAUGGAAUUGUAGUUGUAGAGUGGAGCAGUGGCUAUCCCCAUGGGAUGACUCCUGCUGGAUUCACACCUGGUCAUAUCAAACCUGCAUUUGGUUCUGUUGUCCUUUCCCAUGGUGAAAAAAGCAAGCGAGUGUUUCUUACUGUACCCACUACCAACUUUACGGGAGUAGAAUCCUUCGCAGUACAUCUGACUACAGUGCAUAGUAAUUCUUCUGGUAAAGCUGAACUAAGGUCAGGAUUCACUGUAGCUGAAAUUGAGCCACUUGGAGUCUUCCAACUUGCCUCCAAUUCGAGGCAGGUCCGUGUAGAAGAAGAUGCAGGCAUAAUUACUUUACAUAUCCAGAGAUUGUUUGGCUUCCAAGGCAAUAAAACAAAACUGACAUUUUACACAAUCGCAGGAAGUGCCAAACCUACUGAAGAUUAUGAGCACAUCCAAAAUGGAGAACUCAUCUUUACUUCACAUCAGAUUGAAGCUUUCAUUAAAUUGUUUAUCAUCAAUGAUAAUAUUCCAGAAAUGGAUGAAGUAUUCUACCUAAAUUUAUCCAGCAUUGAAGUUCUGGGUUUUGGGCCAAAUAAUACAGCGUUAAAAACUCACUUGAAUCUAAAUUUUAGUGUGUCAUCUAUAACCAUUAUUGCCAAUGAUGCCACCAAUGGAGUUCUAAGUAUUGGACCCACAGUGAUACACACUGUAGAGGACACUGAGAAUGCUACGGUGCAUGUGGUGCUCCUUAACAUUCAAAGGACACUGGGAUUUACUGGGAUCAUCAGUGUAAAUGUUAUAACUUUUGGAGAAAAAAAGGCUGCAGACAGUUUGCAUGAAAGCCCUUUCCAAAACAUCCAACAAAACUCCACUUUUUCCUGGGCCAGAGAAGGAGCAGAUUUUGAAGAUGAAACCUUGAAUGUUACUUUACAGGAUGAGCAAACGGAGAUCAGUGUACCCAUCAGGAUCCUCGAUGAUAAUGAACCAGAGGGACAAGAGUUUUUUUAUGUCUACCUAACAGAUCCUCGUGGAGGGGCAAAAAUUGUAGAAGGAGAAGAUGAAUAUGGUUACAUGGCUUUUAUGCAAAUCAUUAUCUCAGGAAAUGACAUACAGAAUGGCAUUUUCAGUUUUGCAUGGGUCGCCCCGAGUAACCUCGUGUUGGAUGAAGACUCUGAACAUAGGAAGCUUCAACUAACAGUCGAGAGACAGAGAAACAGGUCUUAUGAGGGUGUGAAAAUUUUGUGGCGUGUGACAUUUAAUAAAUCAGAUGUUGUACUGCAAAGGAAUGGGAUAGAUCUGGUCAAUGAGCUGAAAGCUGUAACAGGAAGUACCCUUUGUGUUAGUGGAGUGAUUGAAUGUACUAUCAUCAUUGAAAUCAAACCAGACGAGAUCCCAGAAUCUGAAACAUGGUUUUUUGUGGAAAUCUAUGAAGUAGGUGCUGGAGCCAUGAUAAAUAGCAGUGUUCGAUUUUUAAACAUUACAAUUCUGGAGAGCGAUAUGCAGCACAAACUGAUCUUUUUCGCUGUUGGAUCUCGGUUUCCUGUCAUUCAUCAAAAGGCCACAUUUGUCAGCCUGCAGGUCGUCAGGGAGGGUGGUACAAAUGCAGUUGUCAGUGUUAGCUAUCAAACACAGGAAUUAAGAAGGGCUGAACUGGUAGGCCAAACCUCAGUGAUGCCAGCUAUUGCAGGGAUGGAUUUCGUGAAGUCGGAAGGCACUUUAACUUUCCAACCCGGGCAGUCAGGUGUUCCAUUGAACAUUGUCCUGACUCCAGAAUUUGCAUCUUCGAAUCCGUUACCAAAGCGAUUUCAGGUUGUGCUGCACAAUCCAACUGCAGGAACUCAGCUGGAUAAAGAUUACAACAUGGCAAACAUCACAAUAGUUACAGACGCUAACUCUCAGUUCUUCUGGAGUUUGAUUGAUCAGUUAUACCGACCCUUGGAUGAUGAUUUGAUAAAUCAAAUUCUUCAGAAACUGCAAAGCAAGAUUAACAUAGAGGCCACAGGAGAACAACUCAGUGCAGUAAUGGAAGUAUUAGAAAAGGUGAUAGAGGAGGGAGAGAAGAAGCCAGUCAGUAACACCAAUAGAGAACUAUUUUAUAAUCAUCUUUGUGCACUACUCGACCCCACUCGCAAGGACACUAAAGGACUCAGUCAACUGGCAGAAAUGACUGAGCGGUUUGCCUUCUCACUCCUCACUGACAUAGAAUGUGGAUCACCUGGCGAGAGAGGCAAAACAAUUCUUGAUACUUGCCAGUACCUCACAAUUAAAUCAUAUCAUUGGUAUCCCCAACAAAUUAAUGGACACAAGGUUGAAGGACGAAAUGGUGAUUCCCUGAAAAUUCCUGAGCGCCUGCUGGAUGUUCCUCUUACAUCUUCAAUUACCACAGGAAAUGAAAGUUGUCAACAUGUGCAAUUCACAGAAUAUAGCAGCCAACAGUGGUUUCAAACUAGUGUAAAAGGAAUUGCACUCAAUAGUAAGGUAUUUUCUGCAAGUUUAAAGAAUCGGAGUUCACGGCCCCUUGCAGACAGCAAUGAAGUAAUCUAUCAGAUCCACACUGCAGACAAUCGCAUUGUUCCACACAAAUCUGCAUGUCUUCUUUGGAACCAAGCAGCUGAAAGUUGGUUGUCAGACAAACAAUUCUGUCAUGUGGUUGAGGAUACCAGUAAUUAUGUGGAAUGUGCCUGCUCCCACAUGUCCAUCUACACAGCUUCUGCCCAAACAGACAGUCUUUCCUUAUACAAUGAAGCCUUCUUUGCAGCUGCAUUUAUUUGCAUUUCAGGUUUUGCCCUGGCCAUUUUGUGUCACUUGCUGUGCUCAAGAUUCUCCAUGUUUGCAGCCAAACUUCUCGUGCACAUGAUGGUUGCCUGCCUGGGAACUCAGAUCUCAUUUUUGAUGUCCAUUUACCUGAGUCGAGAGCUUUCUGAUGAAAGUUGCUCUGCCCUUGGACUGGUAUUACAUUAUUUCUACCUGUGCCAGUUCAGCUGGAUGCUUAUUCAGUCUAUCAAUUUCUGGCAAGUGCUUGUGAUGAAUGAUGAACACACAUAUCGGCGAUACCUGCUUUUCUUCAUUCUGAGUUGGGGUUUACCAGCAUUUGUUGUGGCCCUACUUGUAAUUAUCCUGAGAGGGGGCUAUCACUGGACCAUGCAAGAAAUAUAUGGCACUGUAUAUGGUGAUGUGUGUUUCAUUCCAAAUAUCUAUGCAGCUCUUGCCACAGCAGUUCUGACACCCUUGCUGUGCCUUGUGGGAGUCUUUGUCAUUUUUAUAUACGUCUAUCAGCUCAUUCAACAAUGGAAGUCAUAUGACGAUGUCUUCAGAGGAAACGCUAAUAGCACAGAGGUUCCCCUUGUGCUAUAUCUUUUCGCUUUGAUCUCACUGACAUGGGUUUGGGGAGGUCUGCAUAUGGCAUAUAGACACUUCUGGAUGCUAAUUCUGUUUGUUAUUUUUAAUACCCUACAGGGCCUGUAUGUUUUUGUGGUGUACUUUAUCUUGCACAACCAACUGUGCUGGCCAGUAAAAGCAAGCUACAAUAUGGAAAUCAAUGGCCAUCCAAGUGCAGGAUCAGCCUAUCUCACAACAGGUAGUGGUGCACCAUCAGUGGGAGGAGAGAUCAGCAAGUCCACACAAAACCUCAUCACUGCAAUGGAAGAGAUUCCUGCUGACUGGGAAUGUGUCUCUUUGAGACCUGGCAGUCAAGCAAGCAGUAUCUUUAAGCAAAGUCCACAGAUUGGCAGUAUCUACGCCACUCCAGGGGGUUAUGCUGACACCAACCUGGUGGCUGAUGAAGAAUCACAGGAAUUUGAUGACUUAAUAUUUGCCUUAAAAACUGGUGCCGGCCUUAAUGCCAGUGAUAAUGAAUCUUAUCGUGGAAGCCAAGAUGGUGGAAGCAUUGCUAAUUCACAAAUUGUGGAGCUCAGAAGAAUACCAAUAGCAGAUACUCACCUCUAACACCCUUACAUGCUUUUUAAAUCAAAUUUGUCCAUAUUUUUAUAUUUUACAAACAUACUUCUUUUGCACUAAAAUUUUGCAUUUAAAAUGUAGAGCAGUGUUAAGCGUUUCAAUUUGUACUACAUUUUUGUAAUA